AUGUUUUGCGCAGAGUGUGGUCACCGCUGGGAACCCGAUGAGAUCGCCAAUGCACGCUUCUGUGCCGAAUGUGGUGCCCCCCGUGAAGAUGUCGCUCCUCCUUCUGAAUCGACCGCUAACUUGUCGUUGUAUUCAGCUCCAGCAUCAACUGCUGCCACCGAAUCCAGUUCAUUUGGCACGUCAUCCAGUUACAAGUCGGUGACGCCGUCGUAUUCGACGCCUAUGACGUCCUUAGCGUCAAAUUACAGCGCACUGACGUCUACUGUACCGUCAAUUGCUAAGAGCAACAAGUGCAUGCAAUGUGGAGGGUCAUUUGGAGACUCGACCGCCUCAUUUUGUGAAGAAUGUGGCGCUUAUCGCUCUGCAAAAGCUUCAGUUCCAGUAGCAGCACAUGAUGAUGGCGGAGGAAGUCUUUUUGGUGGGACUUCUAUGUCGUACACGACUCCUGUUUCAGCUGCAGUGACAUCUCAAGCAGGUUAUGGAGGGAACGCGUCUUUUACAUCUUCCAAUGUGAGUUACAACCCGCCGUAUGCUGGAAAUUCGACUUCAGCAGCUCAAGUGCCGACUCCAGCAGCUCAAGUGCCGAUCACAGCUCAAGUGCCGACUCCAGCAGCUCAAGUGCCGACUCCUAUGCGUGACCCGUAUGCUCCACCUGCCGCUUCUCCUGCGUACGAUCCGUAUGCUCCACCUGCCGCUUCUCCUGCGUACGAUCCGUACGCUCCACCGCAAACACCAACAAGUUCAGUGGACCCUCCGGCUUUGGUGAAUUUGGAGGCUGGGGUUUCGUCUGGUAGCAGUAUCAGCAAGUUGCUGGCAAAUCUAUCGGUUCGAGCCACUCCUCAAGGUGAAAGUGAUGAACCUGAUGGAAAAGGCGUUGGAGUGAUCAUCCGACAGGUCGUGCGUACGCGUAACAUGGACUCGUUGAGUACAAGAUUAAACAUCUCGAACGCUGUUGAACGAAACCGCACCAACGCCCAGCAACGCAGUGAAGGUUACAAUGUGACUAAGGUGAACGAGACGAUUACGGUCGUCCAGAAUGAACGUGCGGAUCCUGUUGAGGAGCGCUACUAUAACCAGCGUACGCUGCCGGACAAUGGCGAAUGGCUGCAGAUCCUGCGCAAGAACCGACAGGCUGGAUCCAAGUUCACUGAUCCGCAGUUCCCGCCGGACGCAUCUUCGAUCUUCCGCGAUGUCACGAACCCGAAGUACCCGCAUUUGCACGAAUACGUAUCAAAAUGGAAACGAGUGACGGACUUCUUUAAUGAGACGGCGUAUGUAGAGAUUACUAUGCUGGACGAUGAGAAAAAGCUGGUGUGUAGUAUGUCCAUUAAGAGCGCUGCUGAGGCCGAAAGUAUUUUGCAAGUGAUGCGUCAAAAUUCUACGCCCAUUGACGCGCCAUUUCUCAGAAUCGCCAAAGACGCAGUGACGACGGGUGUCACGAAACGCAAGCGUGAUCAUUUGAUGCUGCUAACAAAGAAUAUGAUUGUGCACAUGAGCGAGUUUGUGCAGGAUGGACUCCAGCGCUUUGACUUGAUGUGGGAAAAGAGCUUGUUGGAUCACUACAAACCGCUUGCUUUUGCCAGUGUUGGAGAGGGAUCCGGCUACCGUGUUGAUGGAUCCGAGUCUGGAAUGGUGUCUCGCGUCUCGGUGUUGGUGCCCGUGUACUUCCAUGCGCAGGGCACGUGUCUCUUUGACCGUUCGCGCGAGUCCAAGGCUGCUAGUCGUAUCUCGGGGGUGGGCAUUAGCCCUGGAGAAAUGCGCGUGGGACGACUUGCAGACGCUUACGUCUUUGGGGCACUAUCGAUUGUGUCUACGUCGCAGCUCGCUCUGUCACAGAUGUUUCCUGAGCUAAGCGAUGAUUUAGUGCGCCCAGAUCGUGUUGAGAUUGGCACCAUGUUCCCGAAGGAGCAACAGUAUAAUGAAGAGGGUGUGUAUGCUGUGCGUUUCUGGCGUAACAACCGAAGCCGUGUGGUUGUCGUUGACGAUUACAUUCCGUGCAGCCAGUACGGCAAGCCUGUCUUUGGUUCUUUCACAGGAAGCAACGGCAAGUUUGAGAUCUGGUCAUUACUGGUGGAGAAAGCUUACGCAAAGCUACACGGUGGAUACGAGGUGAUUGUUGGGGGACAAGAAGGCUACUGCUUGCAGGAUCUGUACGGUGGUGUACCAGCGCGAUACAAAUUGCAAGAAAAGUGCCCUAACGAAGAAAAUGCGUGGCAAACAAUUAGCAGUGCACUUCAGUCGGGCUCCCUCAUUGGAUGCAGCAACGAAGAAAUGGGAGCUGAACUGCCUAUGGGGCUCCGGAAAACUGAUGCUUACGGUAUUAUGAAGCUAGUGGAGUUGGACUAUCAGGGAGAGCCCACUCGCUUGGUGCAGUUGCGUAACAGUUGGGGUAUUGGAACCCACCAGCAGCCGGAGAAGUGGAAAGGUUCGUGGUCGAACGAAGACCCCAAGUGGCAAACUUUUUCCCGUAUGCAGAAGGUAGAGUGCGGGUUUCAGUUUCGCGAAGAUCACACCUACUGGAUGGAGUUUAGCGCUUUUUACUGCUUCUUCACGACUGUCAUCGAAUCACGAAAUCUGUACAACUUUCGUUCCCUUCCAGACGGUAUUGGCAAUCCAAUUUCUCCAAGCCUAAGCAUUCACAUUGUCUCAGGGGAGUGGAACGGUAUUACGAGUGGUGGGCGCGAUGCCAUGCACUUGAAUCCGCAAGUUCAGCUCUUUUCUCCUGCCACAACUGGCUGCAACCUCAUCGUUCACCUUGAACAGCCAUCACGCCGAGUGAAGAUGGAGACAGAGUAUACGUCUUACAUAGCACCCGUUGUGGUAAAGAAUGGUGAGCGACAGCUGCGCAAAAUUGAUUUAUCGCAAGAUGUGGUAGCUACAGGAACCUUCAUUUCGAACCGCAGUUGCGUCUUAGAAAUCCCGCUGAAGCCAGACGAAGGCGGCAAACCAUUCGUAAUCAUCCCGGCCACGUACGAUGGUCACUUGCCGUAUCAGCUAGGCUUCUCAAUGACGCUUUUCACGUCCAAGCCGACUGCUGUGGUUCCUGUCUCAGACACGGGCUCGCUUCCCGUAUGCUGUAUUUGCCAAAACGCACUGUCGGGCACGUUCCGCACGUUCACGCACGAACAAGACGGACAGAGAAAGGUGGAUCGCGUGUGCCAAGGUGCUUGUGUGGAUGCCUACCGCGAGCGCAACACUCCUGUGUGCGUGGACUGCCAUCAGCGCAUCGAAGUAGUGGAAAAUCGCUUCUCUGGACGUAUGUUCACUCUUCCUGAUGGUUCGAGCGUGCACGCCGAGUGUAUCGACGCGUAUCAGAUCCGCACGUCCGAGAAGUGCAUCCACUGUGGCCAUGCCAUCGCAGCUAUCCCUGACCAAUUUGCCGGCAAAUACUACCAGGUCAAUGGCGGCAAGUGUCACGGAGAGUGUAUUGAAGCAUACCAGCUAGCCACUGCUCAACGCUGUGUGCACUGUAGCGAGCCUGUCAUCAAGGUUGCUGGUAAAUUCGAUGGCCGCUUUUACAAGAUCGAGGGCGAGCGACUUGUACACUUUGAAUGCUGGGAGAGGUAUCAGCAGUCUGUGGCGCCAAAGUGUGUGCACUGCGCGCAGCCAAUUUUGCAGCUCCCGGGGCGGUUUGACGGCCGCUUUUACGAACUGGCAAGUGGCAUUGGCAAGGUGCACUUUGAGUGCUGGAACGCUUACCAGACGCUUGCCAACGCACCAAAGUAA